GCGCCUCUCCGCUCUUUCCUCUCAUGGGUAAAUAGCAGUCAGUGGUGGCCUCCUUGUGACCACGUUCUUAGCAUCUUGCAAUGUCCACGUCUUCCGACCCCAUCUACGCAGCCACACCAAACGCGAAUCCCGAAUCCAAGACGUUUCCAUUUUUAAGAUCGACGAGAGCUCUCGGCAACCAUCACGCCAAUCCGGAUUCUUGAUGCUGAACUGAAGAAACAAGAAGAACAGAUGAACCCCGAUCGCCCGCAAUGUUUAACCCCCUCAAACCCAAAACCCCAUCUCUCGUUCACCUGCAAAGUUUUCGUUCCUCGCUCAAUCCUCGCUUCUCCCUCUGCUCCUCCACAGAAACGAGCUCCCUUCCCGACUUGGUGUCCGAAGUUUUGAGCUUUCUGCGUGUUGGCCAAUGGCAGAAGAAUCCCGAGCUUAUUCGUGUGAGCGCGGAGUUGAAGCCCCACCAUGUGUCGGAAAUCGUGCAAUGGCAUGAUGACACCAGCUCUGCUCUAAAAUUCUUUUUCUGGAUAUCUAAGCGGCAUUUCUACAAACACGACGCCCGCUGCUUUGUGUCGAUGUUGAAUAGGCUUGUCCGGGACCGGUAUUUAGCGCCCGCGGAUAAGGUUAGGAUCAUGAUGAUCCAAGCUUGUAGAAACGAGGGGGAGCUGAAGCGGGCUAUCGAGUGUUUGAAUGAUAUUAGUAGAAAGGGUCUUGCUUUGACGUUGUAUAGUUAUAAUACUCUUUUGUUACAGCUGGGAAAGUUUGGGAUGAUUGGUUUAGCUCAGAAUAUGUACACUCAGAUGCUUAACGAUGGUAUUAAACCUAGCCUGUUGACAUUCAACACAAUGAUUAAUAUGUUGUGUAGGAAGGGCAUGGUUCAAGAAGCUAUGUUGAUAUUCAGUAAGAUUUUUCAGUAUGACAUGCGUGCGGAUACUUUUACUUAUACGUCCUUGAUUCUUGGGCAUUGUAGGAAUGAAGAUAUAGAUUCAGCUUUUGAGAUUUUUUAUAGGAUGACAAGGGAGGGUUGUGAUCCAAAUUCUGUUACAUAUUCGAAUCUGAUCAAUGGGUUGUGCAAGGUAGGGAGGGUGGAUGAGGCGCUUGAUAUGCUUGAUGAAAUGAUCCAGAAAGGAAUCGAACCAACUGUUUAUACUUACACAGUCCCGAUCACCACUUUAUGUGAGGUUGGACGAGUGAAAGAAGUAAUGCAGCUUGUGAGAAGCAUGAAGAAGAGAGGCUGCACUCCAAAUAUUCAGACUUAUACAGCUCUUAUUAGUGGGUUCUCUGAUGCAGGGUUGUAUGAAUUGGCAGUUGGAAUGUACCAUAAAGUACUGAAGCUAGGUCUGACGCCCAACAUUGUCACAUACAAUGCCUUAAUAAAUCUGCUAUGUCUAAGUGGAAGAUUUGACGAUGCAUCGACAAUUUUUCGUAGGAUGGAGAGACUUGGUUGUGCGCCCAACAUUCAGACCUUCAAUGAAAUAAUAAGGGGGUUAUGCUUAGUUGAUGAGAUGGAGAAAGCAAUGGUUCUCUUUGAUAAGAUGCUCAAAUUUGGUCCCUUUCCAAAUGUGAUAACAUAUAACACACUCAUUGGUGGGUACCUAGAACAGGGUUCUCUUACCAAUGCAACUAGACUGUUAGAUUUUAUGAAGGAGAAUGGAUGUGCAGCAGAUGAGUGGACAUACAGUGAAUUGAUAACUGGGUUUUGUAGAGCUGGCAAGUUAAGUUCAGCUUUUGAUCUUUUCAAUGACAUUGUGAGACAGGGGAUCAGUCCUAAUCAUGUCAUUUACACAGCUUUGAUUGAUGGAUGCUGUAAGGAGGGGAAGGUAGAUAAUGCCUUGCACAUAUUUGAAAAGAUGGGGGAAAAUGGUUGCUUGCCUAAUGUUGAAACAUACAAUGCCAUUAUUAGUGGUUUGAGCAAAGCAAAUCGUGGUGCUGAAGCUGAAAAGCUAAUUAGUAUGAUGGAAGAUGAAGGACUUCAACCGAAUGUUAUUACCUACACAUCGUUGAUUGACGGGUUCUCUCGAAAUGGAGGGAUCGACCAUGCAUUUCAGAUUUUUCACGAAAUGGAAAGAGGAAAUUGCUUGCCGGAUUUGUUUACUUACAGUUCACUAAUUUUUGGCUUGUGUCAGGUGGGUAAGCCAGAGAAUGCUGAAGAACUAUUGGAAGAGAUGGAGAUGAAGGGUUUGUUUCCUGACCACGUCACGUUCACCUCUUUAAUUGAUGGAUUCAUCAUGAUUGGCAAGCUGGAUUAUGCAUUCUUGCUUUUUAAGCUUAUGGUAGCUAGAGGCUGUGAACCGAGUUUUCGAACUUUUACUGUUUUGCUUAAAGGUCUGCGAAAGGAAUUUCAGUUGUUCUCAGAAAAGGCUGUUGCACAACAGGAAGCUGCUUACACUUGCGUCUCUAAUGAGAGUUACUCUGCUAUCAACUUGUUUAUGCUCUUAGAUCGCUUGUCUGAGAUCAGAUGUGAGCCCACAGGCAACAUGUACAGUGAGUUAAUAAAGGGAUUGUGUAGGGAAGGUAGAUGUGCAGAGGCAGAUCAGUUGGUGGAAAACAUGGGGCAGAAGGGCUUGUAUCCCAACAAAGAGGCCUAUCAGUAUUUGUUAAUUUCGCAUUGCAGAGAUUCCCAAGUUGAUCCUGCCUUGAGAAUCUUUGAUUUGAUGGCAUUUAGAGGCUUUGAGUGUCGCCUAUUGACAUAUAAGGCACUCGUCUCUGCUCUAUGCAGGGUAGAUCGCUUUGGUGAGGCAAAAGCAUUAUUUGAGACGAUGCUUGAGAAAGAGUUGAAUGUAGAUGAGAUUGUUUGGACAGUAUUAAUUGAUGGCUUGCUGAAGCAAGGAAAUAUAGAUUUCUGCAUGGAGUUCCUCCACAUCAUAGAAUCCAAAAAUUUUGUGAUUAGCUUGCAUACAUACACGAUACUGGCAAGAGAAUUUUCCAAAAUAGACAAGUCAGUAGAAGCUGACUGCAUAGCUGAGAAAUUGAAAGCUUUCAGGUACAGCAAUAGAAAUAAGAUCGUCUCGCUGUAACAUCAACAUUCACGAGAAGGAAAGUUCUUUGAGAUGACAGUGCUGCCUGCUCCGGAGGCGCAGCCCAACUGGACAUGAUAAAUUCGCUUUUUGGUAUGGAGCUGCUUCUAAUUUUCAUGGCAACCACAUUCUGAGUAAUUGGUAAGCUGUAUCUUCUGCUUCUCUCUUCUGUGUGUACUUGACUCUGGGAUUUUCUCUUUACAAGCAUCUGGAUCCAAUGAUUAACCGCAGUUCACUGGACAAGUCUGUUAACCGCUCAUCUGCGCCCUUUGCAACAAAUUGAUAGGAUUGGCAAAACUUGCAUAUCUUGGAGAGGUUAUUGUGGUCAACCUAGAUUUGGAACGACUGCCCUAUGCCAAGCACUGGCUUAAGCUCAAGGAGGAAGUAUACAGGGUUAACAUUUUGGAGGAGAACUGUUUGCAACACUAUAUAUUCACCAGAGUGGUUCUGCCAAUAGCACACCCCAAUUACAAUGUAAACUGGAUAAUACGGCGCCUUAUCUUCAUUUGUCCUUUUCUGCAGAAUAGCAGAAUCGCAGAUAUUUCAGUAUACCUUUGCUAUGACGGAUGGAAAUCAAGCUUAGAUUGGGGAAAUGAGAUACUUGCCUCCAUUUUGCAGCAUGAAAGUGUGUUUCUUGGUCAUUUGAGGCUUUCCUCUUGCCUGGCAGACAGCACAGCUGAACGUUAAGGUAAUGAACUACAGUUUAUGUGCCAUAGCCCCAACA